AUGCUGACCAGCUUUAUGGAAGGUCUUCUCUGCUGCCUGACCUCAAAGUCUGCCAACAUCGUGGUUCCGGUAGAAACUUCAGAACCUGCUGAUGGCUACGAGUUUGUGGAGGUGAAACCAGGCCGCGUCCUGCGGGUUCGACACAUCAUCCCUGACCGGCCGGUGGUGGAGGAGCCCACCGGGCAGGGUGGGAGUGUCAGCUGCAAACGAAGGAUCACAGUGUAUCGCAAUGGACAACUUUUCCUGGAGAACUUGGGCGACGCAGCGAAUGCAGAGCUGAAAAACUGCCAGAAUGGAAAGACAGAACCGAACAGCCCGGUUGAGGUUGAACUUACAGACUGUGCCAAAACCUCACCGCCCGUCAGCAUCCCUGAGGCCCGGUCAGACUCCAUCACAGUUGGAAACAAUGGGGCAUCUGAAGCAGGACAACCAAGGAUGCGCAGGCGGAAACCCAAACGCACGGUGGUGAUCGACUGUGAGAGGAAGAUCUCAGCCUGUAAAGGGACACAUCAGGACGUGGCUCUGUUUUUCAUCCAUGGAGUGGGAGGCUCGCUGGACAUCUGGGGAAGCCAGCUGGACUUCUUUUCUCGGCUGGGCUACGAGGUCAUCGCCCCGGACCUGGCAGGUCACGGGGCCAGCUCGGCACCGCAGAUCGCUGCAGCUUACACGUUCUACGCCCUGGCUGAGGAUAUGAGACUUAUCUUCAAGAGAUAUGCACGGAAGAGGAAUAUUCUCAUAGGACAUUCUUAUGGAGUGUCAUUCUGCACGUUUCUGGCUCAUGAGUAUCCGGAGCAGAUCCACAAGAUGGUGAUGAUCAACGGAGGUGGUCCCACAGCUUUGGAGCCCAGCCUCUGCUCCAUCUUCAACCUGCCCACCUGCGUGCUUCACUGUCUGUCGCCGCUGUUUGCCUGGAGCUUUCUCAAGGCGGGCUUUGCUCGGCAGGGUGCCAAAGAGAAGCAGCUGCUGAAAGAGAACAAUGCCUUUAACGUGUCGUCCUUUGUGCUGCGCGCCAUGAUGAGCGGGCAGUACUGGCCUGAGGGGGACGAGGUCUACCACGCUGAGCUCACCGUGCCCAUCCUGCUGGUGCACGGCAUGCAUGACAAGUUUGUUCCUGUGGAGGAGGAUCAGCGCAUGGCAGAGAUCCUCCUAAUGGCCUUCCUGAAGUUGCUGGAGGAUGGAAGUCACAUGGUAAUGAUGGAGUGUCCCGAGGUCGUCAACACACUCCUGCAUGAGUUUUUCCUCUGGGAGCCCGCCACUCCUCCACCGCCAAAGAAAGAGUCCAAAACACGUCCGGAGACUGCCAAAGCCAACUCUGACGACGCCAAGGCCUCGUCUGAGCUCGCCAAGGUCCGACCGGCGACUGCCAGGCAAACCUCAUCAAACUGCGGUGCAGAGGAGAAGCCAGGCAGCAGGGCCAAGAAAUGACUGAAGACAAAAGCUGAUGCAGAUUGAAGCUGAAACUUCCAGUGGUUGUUUCACUAAAUCACAACUGGCCACGCACUUUGCACAUCCUGGACAACGGAGCUGGUUGGAGCUGUUGAGUCUGAUGAUGAGCCAAAGGAGCCAAUUCAUCUGAAGGGGUUCGACUGACGUUGGACACGACAGAGACCUCAAAUCUGAUUCCAGUCGUGUCAGUUGACGGACGGAGGAACGGGAGCUCCAGUAAUGUGAAAAGACAAAGAUGGACCAUUCUCCUGUCCUCAGCAGGGAUGAUGUGGUUGUGCCUUGAAGUGAUGAUGUAGGCGGAGCAA